GCCGCCGCGCCGCCGGCCGGGCCCCCCAAGGACUACAGCCAGGACAUGCACCUGAAGAUGAGCAAGAAGAUCGCCCAGCUCACCAAGGUAAUAUAUGCUUUGAAUACUAAAAAUGAUGAACACGAGUCUGCAAUUCAGGCGCUCAAAGAUGCUCAUGAAGAAGAAAUCCAACAAAUUCUUGCAGAAACCAGAGAAAAGAUACUGCUAUAUAAAAGCAAGGUAACAGAGGAGUUAGACCUUAAGAGAAAGAUCCAAGUUCUGGAAGCGUCUUUAGAAGAUCAUGUGAAGAUGAAGCAGCAGGCCUUGACGGAGUUUGAAGCCUAUAAGCACAGGGUUGAGGACAUGCAACUCUGUGCAGAGGCCCAGCACGUCCAGCGCAUAGUAACCAUGUCUCGGGAGGUCGAAGAGAUUAGAAGGAAGUUUGAAGAGAGGUUGCAAAGCUUUGGACAGCUCCAGGUACAGUUUGAAAAGGACAAACAGUUAGCCCUGGAAGAGUUGAGAACCACCCACAGACGGGAAGUCCAAGAGCUGUUGAAGUCGCAGCAGGACCACAGUGCCUCAGUGAACCAGGGACAGGAGAAGAUGGAGCAGCUGCACAGGAUGGAGGUGGAGGCCUUGAACAGCACCCUGGAAGAGCUGAGACUUGAAAAGAAAAAGCUCAUUGAGGAAUAUGAAGGCAAGUUGAGCAAAGCUCAGUCAUUUUAUGAGCGUGAGCUUGAUAAUAUGAAAAGGUCACAGCUCUUCACAGCAGAAAGCCUGCAGGCCAGCAGGGACAAGGAGGCUGAUCUUCGCAAAGAGUUCCAGGGACAAGAAGCCAUUUUGAGAAAAACCAUAGGAAAAUUGAAGACUGAGUUGCAAAUGGUGCAGGAUGAAGCCAGCAGUCUUCUUGACAAAUGCCAAAAGCUGCAGGGGGCACUGGCCACAGCAGAGAACAAUGUUCAGGUUCUACAAAAACAGCUCGAUGAUGCCAAGGAGGGAGAAAUGGCCUUGUUAAGCAAGCACAAGGAAGUGGAGAGUGAGCUGGCAGCUGCCCAGGAGCGUUUACAACAGCAAGCUUCAGACCUUGUCCUCAAAGCUAGUCAUAUUGGAAUGCUUCAAGCAACUCAGAUGACCCAGGAAGUUACAAUUAAAGAUUUAGAAUCAGAAAAAUGCAGAGCCAAUGAGAGAUUAUGUCAGCUUGAAAAGGAAAGAGCCUUUCUGCAAAGCAGAACACGGAGUCUGGAUGAGGAACAGAAGCAGCAGCUGCUGGAGCUGGAGAAGAGAGUAAAUGAAGCAAAGAGAACUCAGCAAGAAUAUUAUGAAAUGGAGCUUAAAACCCUGCAGAAUAGAUUGGAAGGCGAGGUGGCCCAAUUAAACGAGGCCCAUUCAAAGACUUUGAAAGAAUUAGCCUGGAAGCACCACAUGGCGAUGGAGGCUGUGCACAACAAUGCAAGCAGAGAUAAGAAAAAGCUGCAAAUGGAAUUGGAGGAACAAUAUAAAAAGGAGAAACUGAGUCUGGAAGAGGAUAAAAGUCAGCUUCAACUAGAGCUGGAAAACCUAAAGCAAGUGCUGGAAGACAAGCUGACUUCAGCCAAUCAGGAGAUUGGCCGCCUCCAAGAUCUGGUAAGGAAAAGUGAACAAGAUCUUGGCUCUGCCGAGGGACUCAUUGCUAGUCUUCAGGACUCCCAAGAGAAGCUUCAGAGUGAACUGGAUCUGACAAAAGGCAGGCUAAAGGACACCAAGGAUGUCCUAUUAAAAGUUGAGGCUGAGCUACAACAAGAGAGACACCAGCAUGAAGAAACACUUGCUGCCAUGAAGGAAGAGGAGAAGCUGAGGGUGGGCAGAAUGGCUCAUGACCUAGAGAUAAAGUGGACUGAAAAUCUUAGACUAGAGUGCUCUAAACUUCGCCAAGAGUUAAGGCUUCAACAUGAAGAGGAUAAAAAGUCUGCAAUGUCUCAACUGUUGCAGCUGAAAGAGCGAGAGAAAAACGCCGCCAGGGAUUCAUGGCAGAAGAAGGUGGAAGACCUUCUAAACCAGAUCUCCCUGCUCAAGCAGAACCUGGAGCUGCAGCUCUGCCAGUCGCAGACAUCUCUGCAGCAGUUGCAAGCUCAAUUCACACAGGAGCGCCAGCGACUCACACAGGAGCUGGAGGAGCUGGAGGAGCAGCACCAACAGAGACAUAAGUCCCUCAAGGAAGCACAUGUCCUUGCCUUCCAAACCAUGGAAGAAGAGAAGGAAAAGGAACAAAGGGCUCUGGAGAAUCACCUGCAGCAGAAACAUUCUGCAGAGCUGCAGUCACUGAAAGAUGCACACCGAGAGUCCAUGGAGGGCUUCCGCAUGGAGAUGGAGCAGGAGCUUCAGACACUCCGCUUUGAAUUAGAGGAUGAAGGAAAAGCUAUGCUUGCUUCCUUGCGAUCUGAACUAAACCAUCAACAUGCAGCUUCAAUUGAUUUAUUACGACACAACCACCAUCAAGAACUGGCAGCGGCUAAAAUGGAACUAGAGCGAAGCAUAGACAUCAGCCGAAGGCAGAGUAAGGAGCACAUGUGUAGAAUAAGUGAUCUGCAAGAGGAACUACGGCACAGAGAGCACCACAUCUCAGACUUGGACAAGGAGGUCCAGCACCUCCAUGAAAACAUAAGUACCCUAACGAAAGAACUGGAACUUAAGGGGAAAGAAAUUCUCAGAAUACGAAGUGACUCCAACCAGCAGAUGAGGUUGCAUGAGCAAGAUAUAAACAAGAGACUUGAGAAAGAGCUGGAUGUCAUGACAGCAGACCACAUCAGAGAGAAAAAUAUCAUGCGGGCAGAUUUUAAUAAGACUAAUGAGCUACUCAAGGAAAUAAAUGCAGCUUUACAAGUGUCACUAGAAGAAAUGGAAGAAAAGUACCUAAUGAGAGAAUCAAAGCCCGAAGAUAUACAGAUGAUCGCAGAAUUAAAAUCCUUGCUUUCAGAGAGAGACCGUGUCAUAAAGAAACUAAUU